AUGAUCCAAGCAGGUCUCCCUUCCGACCUAACCAACAGUGUCACCUCCUCCGAGCCCGCGCCCGCCGCCGAUUCAACCUCCGAUCCCACUUCGGCACUUUCCGCUCCUGCCGACGCCGCCUCCACCUCAGCCUCGCCGCACAUCUUAGAAGCCGAGGUUCAGAGCCUCGCCGGUGCCGUGAGAAACGCCUGUUCUUCUUCUGGCCCGGACUUGUCGGUUGAUACCAAUUUUUGGGAUGUUGAGAUGAUGGCGCCGCCUAAUGCUACGUCUUUGCCCUUUCACUCUUUCCUCCCCGACCCCCCCAACUCUUUUCUCCCUUCCGCGCCAAAGAGCCCAAAAAAGGCCAUGAUUCCCACCUUCAACUGGACCAAGCUGACACGCCUCCUCCCCCUCCUCCCCUCCGCAAAGGCCGCCAUCGCCCGUCUCCGCGCCUACACGCCUCCGUCCUUUCCCCUCUGGGACCAGCUCCCGGCGAGCCGCCGCGCGGCCGUGCUGAUCCUCCUCUAUGCCGAUCGUCGCGGCGACUUGCGCGUGGUGCUGACCAUGCGCGCCGCGAGCUUGAGGAGUUUCUCGGGCCAUGCGGCGUUUCCUGGGGGCAAGGCCGAUUCGGUGGAUGAGACUCCUUACCAAAUAGCCCGACGAGAAGCUUGCGAAGAAAUCGGCCUACCCAUGGAUGACUCCAGGAUCCCCGCACCCUUCAAGAUCGAAUUCCUCUGCCACCUCCCUCACAGCCUCGCCCGCAACGGUCUCGCCGUUCGCCCCUGCGUUGCCCUCCUCCACAACCCACUCACUCCUGCCACCACCAACUCAUCAUCCAACUCGAACUCUACCAAUUCUUCCUCCUCCCACCCCCACUCCCCACCGGACUCCAUGAUGCCCCGUCUCGACGCCAAAGAAGUAGCCGCCGUCUUCUCCGCCCCCUUUGGCAACUUCCUCCGCGCAACCGACGCCCCCGUCCACCCCGGAUCAACCCCUCUACCCGCCGGCCACUGGUACGACGGCAACUGGAUCUCCUGGAAGGACGAACCCUGGCGCGUCCACAACUUCUACGUCCCCGUCAACAACCAGCGCGUCGUGAAACCCGACAACGAAGACGUCGCCACACCUAUCCCAGACCCGCUCGAGAACGGAAACGGCACCCCGGCGCAGGGCGAGAAGAUCGAGGAGGUCGCCGAGAGGUACAGGGUGUGGGGCAUGACGGCCAAGAUCCUCGUCGAGGCCGCAUCGUUGGCGUACGCGAGGCGGCCCGAGUUUGAGCAUAACGAGAUCUGGGGCGACGAGAAGAUUAUACUGCUUGCGAAUGAGGAGGGCCAGUUUUUUGAUAGGGCAAGCACUAAGAUCAAGGUGACGGGGGAUGUCGCGGGAGCGGGAGCGGGAGCGGCGACGACGAGGACGAACGAGCCGAUGACGCCUACGGAUGAGGCGGUUGAGGCUGCGAAAAGGGCGGAGCCUGCGAAGAUAUGA